AGCUGGGGGAGAAGGACACAGACAGACUGCGUAAAGUGGAGCAAAUAGAGAGAGAGAGAGACUGGGAGAGUUUUUCUUACAUAAACGGGGGUUUUCUCCGCAGCAGAGGAGGACGCACUGACGGAGAGAAAUCUGCUCAAAAAUGGCCAAAAGCCAGGAGGUGGAGCGCAUCGCCAAAAAGCUGGAUAAAAUGGUGCACAAGAACAAUACGGACGGAGCUCUCGACCUGCUGGGGGAACUAAAGAACAUGAAGAUCUCGCUGGAGACCCUGCAGUCCACCAGAGUUGGGAUGUCGGUGAACGCGGUGAGGAAACACAGUUCAGAUGAAGAAGUUCAGACUUUGGCCAAAGUUCUUAUCAAGUCCUGGAAGAAACUGCUGGACGGCUCAGAGGGGAAGUCGGAUGAGAAGGAGAAGAAGAAAGAAGACUCUCCUGUGAGGCCAUCGUCCACCUCCAUGGACUCUGGCAACAGCGAGAAAAGCAGUAAGAAGUCACGGGAGUCCCCCACCUCACCCUCCAUGCCCACUACACCCACUACACCCAUCACACCCAUCACACCCAUCACACCCACCUCCCCCACCACCCCAACUCUACCCUCUCAGGUCACCUUAUUCCCCCCUGCCCCCGUCACCACCCACAGUGUGCGGAACAAGUGUCGAGAGCUGCUGGUGGCAGCGCUGCAGACUGAUGAUGACCACCAGACAAUUGGAGUCCACUGUGAGCAUCUUGCAGCACUAAUUGAAGAGGAGAUCUUCCAGGAGUUUAAGACAACAGAUAUAAAAUAUAAAACUCGUCUACGAAGCCGCAUCUCCAACCUCAAGGACCAGAAGAAUCCCGAACUGCGGCGUAACGUGCUGUGUGGAAACAUCUCUGCUCAACGCAUCGCCUCCAUGACUGCUGAGGAGAUGGCAAGUGCAGAGCUGAAGCAGAUGAGAGAGAAUCUAACUAAAGAGUCCAUCAGAGAACAUCAGCUGUCAAAGGUCGGGGGAACUGAGACAGACAUGUUCAUCUGCAGUAAGUGCCGCGGAAAGAGCUGCUCGUACACGCAGGUGCAGAUCCGCAGUGCUGACGAGCCCAUGACCACCUUUGUGUUGUGUAACGGCUGCGGCAACCGAUGGAAGGUAAAAAAAAUAAAGUGUGUAUAUAUAUAUAUAUAUCAAAUUGAAAUAAAAAGAAUGCGCUGCGCUUCCUCGACAACGCCAUCCAGCCCCAGCUGUAACCACCAUGUGAGCUCAGUGCAGAGUGGCAGCAAUGAGCUAGCCAGUGGGCGGGAAAUAAUCUUUUUAACCUGCCGGUGAGAAAUAAUCGAGAUGAGAAAACUCUUAAAAUAUAAAAACAUAUUUAUUGAAGAAACACUAAUAAUAAUUCAGCUGAAUGGAUAGAGCUCUU